AUGGCAAAGACACUCUCAGUCGCGCCGAAGCAGCCGCAGAGCUGCGCAGCUCUGCUUGAGAAGCUGUCGUCCGUCCUUCCUAAGGGCCACCAAUUCGGCAUCUACCACCUCUCAACACCCCCGACCAAGACCGAUGCGCUCUGUCAUCCUCCACCCGACCAGAGGCCAGACAGAACAUACUGCGAAAACCAUUUCCUCGCCGUCACGAUCAAGUCCGAGUCCAAGCCGUCCAGCUCCGAGCCGCACGCUGAUUGGCGCCCUGUGAUCGUCCUCGCCCUCGAAAUCUUCAUCUUCACCACCGCCUACUCGAGCAUUUUCUUCGUAUCAAAGGCCGACUCUACCGGCUACCUCCACCUCCUGAAUCUCCCCAAGGGCACACCAUCUCCGAUCCGCGAGGUCAGCUCCGCCUUCCUCGCCUACCUCAUCGACAAGCGCCGUCGCAAAGGCAUCCAGACCACCGUCAACCUUUUCGCUCGAGCGCAAGAUCAGUACCUCUUCCCAGGCAGCAUUAAGAAUGGCGGGAAGCACGUGCUGGACGACAGGGGCCUCGUCAAGUGGUGGUGCCGGGUGCUGGACCCUCUGCUCGAAGAGCAGCAGCAGAAGCAAGGCUCGCCGUGGCAGGUAGUUAAGGGCUACCUGCUCAUCCCGGGCCUCGAUCAUUACGAGACACGAGCUUUCAUACCGCGCACGGCGACCAGCGCGGCCAACUGGGUUCUCGGCCACCCCCUCGAGAAGAUCUCUCACUAUUGCCAGGAGUACGACUGGGUACCUCCGCGAUGCCUGAUCCCCAAGUACCCCGACGAUCCCAAAUCGCGAUAUCGUGAUGAGCUGGACGAGGAGGCGUCGAACAAGGAGCAGAACAGCGGGGCUUGGAGGAGCGUCAAGACUUUGGAACAGUUCUGGGAAAUGAUGUCCUUUCGACAAGAGUGCUCGAGCGGCCGGAUGACGGGUUUCAUCUGGGUUGUAUUUGAUCCAAAAGAUGCUGAGGUCAACAGAGGACGUGUUGGGGGAACGCCUAUGCCCAAUGGAACUCCGGAUCAAGCACCACCAGGCACGCCAUCGAGAAACCGACAUGCGCUCAGCUCCGCGACACCAAAGUCCAGUCCCAAGAAGACGUUUGGAUCUCCAUCCAAGCAGGCGGACCUUGGCAGGGUAGAACAAAAGAAGAAAGCAAAGGAUAAGAAGAAGAAAAAAAAGAUCCUGAAAGGUCCAAUCAUACCUCGGCAACCGCGCAUCAAGACCCGGCAGCGCAACUACCUCGUCGACCGCCCGGUCUCGUCAGCAUACUACUACUGGCCCGCCGAGGGCCGAGGCCAGAAGAUCGUGGACGAAUCCGACUACAAGCGGUGCACAGAGCUGCUCCUAAGGCUUGACUUUGCCACGCUGGACAAGGCGGCUGGGAGCACGAGGCGCUGGAUCGAGGAGGUUGGCAUGGGGUCGCAGUGGGGGCUCGACGUGCAAGGGAAGAUGGAGAUGCCUCCGGCCGCGCAGGGCAGCGGUACUGCCGCAGGUGUGGUCAACAACCUGUCUGGACUGGUGAGGAAGAAACCCAUUGAGGGCAGUGAAGGACAAGGUCAAAACGGCGCUGGCGUGAAUAUGCUUGGUGCGGGACUCGUCAGAAAGAAGAGAAAGGAGAGCACUGACGGGGCUGAGCCAAACACUGAUGGCUCGUCCCAUCCCGCCCCGUCCACAGCUGAGGAACCAAAGGUGAACAUGCUUGGUGCUGGGAUGGUCCGGAAGAAACCCAAGUUGGCAUAG